GAAUGAAUUGUCGCGCAUGUGCGUUUCUUUGACAACACUAGAAGCCACUAUAUCGUUCAUACACUCAUUUGGGAGCAGAAUAACAUAAUGGCAGAGUCUGCAUAUCAUAACGAGGCAUUGAGACGACAAAGAAUUAUAGAACGGAAGAGAGAUGCUCAAGUGCGCCUUUUAGAGGGACCUCAGAGUAAUGAAAUGCCAGGAUAUGGAGGUGCUGAUAUGAAAGAUACAGUUUUAUAUUCAGGACCUGGUCAUUUUGAACAAAGCAGAAUCACAAGACAAGUAAGAAAGAAAGAAGAACAUCUCUUGAGAGAAGUCUUACAACCAAAUGAUUACAUGACCAAGGCGAAUAAACCAGCAAGGAAACAUCAAUUGAAAACUCCUAAACCUUUACCAGAUUCUAUACGGAAUAUUGAUAGAGAUAACGUCUUUAAAAUAUUACAUCCAUAUGACUUUCACUAAUGCAUUUAUCUGUACAAUUAUGUAACUAUAUUUAAGAUCAGUUAAUAAAAGAUUUGUCUUAUUUUUUUCAAGGGAAAAAAGGGGGAUAUUUAAUGUAUAUUUAGCACCUGUCAUAACUUUCACAGAUUGUCAAGUUUUAGUUUGACUUUUUUCACUUUUUCAGUUCAGUGGUAUCCCUAAACACUAUUGUAUGUCAAUUAAAUUUGUUAUGCAUUGAUACAUUAUUCAUUUAUUAAAAUUUACAAUUCUAAUAUAACUGCAUGGUGCUAAGUAGGAGAAUCAUGUAAAAUAAUGACUAGAAUAGAAAAUAUUAAUUUUUAAAGUUCAACAGAAAUAAGUUGUUCAGUAAAAGUCUUGCCUUUCUCAUUGUUCCUAGUUAAGAAAUUUUGUUAUUUAUAUAAUGUGAUUUAUGAGUAAAACAAUAUACUUGUUGGCUGUUAUAACUUGUAUUCUUUUUAUUUUUGAACCAUCUGCUUUUAUAUAUCUUUAUUUUACAUAAAUGUAAGUAUCUUUCCUAGUCAAUUUUACCAUUUCAGUAUUAAUGUACUUCUAAUUUCUAAAGAAUUAAUGCUUAUGCAUACAGUGUAAUUUUGCUAUACGUUUUUGGAUGUCCCUUUCACAAUUGUUGACACUGCUGACUGUACCUGUUCCAUUGGAUUUUGGUAGCAUUUAGAGUAGUUCAAUUAUCUCCCUUAGAUGCAUGGUUAGUGGGUGGUGAAUUUAUAGAAAUAAAACUUAUUUCACUUGCAGAUCAAUAAAUGGCGGAGUCCAAAGAAUAUAUCAUAGGAGAAUUGACAACAAUCCAGAAGAUAAAGUUUAUCCCCUCAUCCAUCCUAAGGAACGUCCACCAAAACAUACUGAACUACCUCCUAGAAAACCACACCUGAAAGUUU